AUGGUCGCAAGUCGGAGACUGAACGUGCUUGUUUAUUCUGGCCAUGGUGCGACCAAGGAGUCUAUAAGACACUGUUUGUACACACUGAGGAGACUCCUUUCACCGAAUUAUGCGGUCAUCCCCGUGGAUGGAAACAUUAUCCUCAAAGAACCGUGGUCUGCGACGUGCGCACUUUUAGUCUUCCCUGGAGGCGCCGAUACAGGCUAUUGUCGGACACUCAACGGAGAUGGCAAUAGAAAGAUUACCCAAUUUGUGAACCGCGGUGGCAACUUCAUCGGAUUCUGUGCUGGUGGCUACUAUGGCUCCAAUCGUUGCGAGUUCGAAGUCGGAGACAAGAAAAUGGAGGUCGUUGGCGAUAGAGAGCUCGGAUUCUUCCCAGGAGCUUGCCGUGGUCUAGCGUUUCCAGGAUUUGUAUACAAUAGCGAAGCUGGUGCGCGAGCAGUCGAGCUGAAGGCCAACAAAGAUGCUUUUCCGACCUCCAUAGGGCUGGAAGCCCCUUUCAGAGUGUACUAUAACGGUGGUGGCGUGUUUGUGGAUGCCGAAAAACUGAAGAGCCGAGGAGUUGAGGUCUUGGCUAGUUUUACAGAAGAUUUGAAUGUCGAUUCCGGGGAAGGGAGUGCUGCCGUAGUCUAUCGUAGAAUUGGGGAAGGACAUGUCAUUCUCACGGGGCCUCACCCAGAGUUUGCCGGUAUCAAUCUCUCCAAAGAAGGGGCAGAAGACAACUACAAGCAAGUUGUAGAUACUGUAAUUGCCAACGAAAAGCCUAGGACGACCUUUAUGAAGGCUUGUCUGAGGAAGCUAGGCAUGCAGGUCAAUGAAGAGGAGCAGCCGGUACCUUCACUCUCCCGCCUCCAUCUCUCAGCUCAUCGUCCCUCAGAUGUCGGCGAACUCGUUUCGAGCUGGGAAGAAGUCAUCACUAUAGAUGACGGGGAAGAAUAUGUGGAAGGUGGUCACGAGACAUUUCACCUCGAGAAGCGGUCGUCUUGGUCGAUGAAAACCUUGAAGGAUACAGUAGCAUCGUCCAUCUCAGGAGCAACAACCGAGUCCCCUGCAAAACCUACCGAAGCACCCGCUAUGAUUGACUAUGACAAAGCCUUGAAGAAAGUCUUCCCGCAUGAAGACGAACUACCAUCCUACAAAGAGACUCCUAGCUUUAACCACUCCGCGUAUUUUGCCCACUUGCAAGCUUAUCGACUAAAAGCUGAAGAGAAGGAUGGAGAGUUUGGAAAGUACUUAUUAUAUGGUGAAGUUGUAACAAGCACGCAAACCAUGCUCGAAAAGAACAAUGCGCUACUGAAACAUCUUCCAGAUGGCUUCACCGCCACAGCUACUACGCAAAUUACUGGGAGAGGUCGGGGCACAAAUGUUUGGGUUGCGCCUCGGGGAGGGCUCAUGUUUAGCACUGUCAUGCGCCACCCUGUCGCGCUCACAGUUUCGGCCCCUGUCGUAUUCAUCCAGUAUCUUGCUGCUCUUGCAAUUGUCACUGCUAUCAAAUCCUAUGAGCCCAGCUACUCCAAGCUACCAGUCAAGUUGAAAUGGCCCAACGACAUCUACGCACUCGAUCCUGAUUUGGAUAAGAAUGCAGAAGGCGGAGGCUAUGUCAAGAUCGGAGGCUUGCUCAUCAACACUAGCUACUCCGGCAGCGAUUUUACCUUGGUGCUAGGCAUAGGCCUCAAUGUUGCGAACGGACUUCCCACUACAAGCUUGGAUAAACUCGCACAUGCACAGGGACUACGGUCGUUCCAAAUAGAGAAGAUCCUCGCGAAGAUUCUUGUCUGUCUAGAAGACAUAUAUCGGAAGUUUCGCCGGACAGGAUGGAACAGCGAGCUUGAGGACAUAUACUGCAAGAAUUGGCUGCAUACUGAUCAAGUUGUAACAUUAGAGACAGAAGGUGGUAUGCGAGCCCGCAUAAGGGGCAUCACUCGUGAUUGGGGUCUACUAGUAGCCGAAGAGCUUGGAUGGGAGGACCGGCCGACGGGAAAAAUUGUCCAGCUACAGAGUGACAGCAAUAGUUUUGACUUUUUCAAAGGCCUCUUGAAGAAGAAAUUGUAG